AUGGAUAAUACUUUAUUAUUAGAAAUAGAAACUUUAAAAAAUUUAUUAGAUACUCUUGUAUCUAAUUAUUCUGAACAAUCAAAGAUUAUCAAAACUGAUAGUAAUAGAAUUUUUGAGUUGAAAAAUAAACAUACAAAUCUUAAAAUACAAAUGAAUGAAUUAUAUAAUAAAUUAGAAUUAAUGAAUUUAUAUUUAAAUCAAUUUGAAAAAUUAUUAAAUGAAAAAAAUAAAUUAAAAAAUGAAAACAAGUAUUUAAAAGAACAAUGGAAUGAGAG